AUGGCUACGCAAGUUUGUCAUAAUUUACAUCAUGAUACAAAUGAUAACAACAUCAGCAACAACAACAAUAAUAAUAAUAGUCGUCGAUCCUCUAUGCAUAGCUUUGCGGGUAUUGAAAGCCCUGGAGCUAAACUAAGUAGAUCACUAGGUAGUAUUCUACGGCAUUUUCACCAUCCGAUUCCCACUUCUCCGUCCAACAGUCAUCCUCUUUUCAAUGGAUCCAACCAUACUUUUGAUCAAGUAGAUCGAUUGGAAUCUAAAUAUGGACCUUAUAUCAAACCUAUCGACAAAAAAAAACAUCUUGGUGGAAACAAAAAGAAUGUGGCAAGUGGUGCUACUGCUGUGAUUCGACUGGUUCAACCUCGCGAUGGUUCUCCUAUCUUGGCUGUCAAGGAAUUUAUCAAGAAAGAUAAGAAUGAAGAUGAACGUGCUUAUAGAAAACGAAUGCAAAAUGAAUAUUGUAUUAGUAAAUCAGCAAGUGGUCAUCCUCAUGUUGUGGAAACAAAGGAUCUUGUUUUGGAUGAACAUAAUCGAUGGUGUACUGUGAUGGAAUAUUGUGCUGGUGGUGAUUUAUUUAGUUUAUUGGAAGAAAGACCUACGUUAUCUAUCAUGGAACAAUCAUGCUUAUUCAAACAACUCCUUUUGGGAUUACAACAUUUACACAAAUUGGGAAUUGCACACCGUGAUAUCAAACCUGAAAAUCUAGUGAUGACAACAGGUGGUACAUUGAAGAUUGCUGAUUUUGGCGUGGCGGAUGUUGUACAGACCUGUUUUGAAAAAGAGGCUCAUCUUUGUCAUGAAUGGUGUGGCUCUGAAAACUUUUGGUCGCCUGAAAUGUGGACGUUGACAAGUGCCCAAGACCCUUAUGAUGGUCGUGCAUUAGAUAUCUGGAGUGCUGCCGUGACUUAUUAUUGUAUCCGAUUCCAUUCUCUUCCUUUCAAAUGUAGUUUCUAUCGUGCUCCUACUAUGAAACAUGCUGUUCCUGGAUCACCAGCCAUGGUGGCUGCUCAAGCUGAAGAUCAUGGCGAUAAAGGUUAUCAACAAUACCUCGAUCAACGACAAAAAGAUCUUUUACAAUGUCACCUUUGGCUUGGACCAUCACAAGAAACAUCAAACAAUGAGGGAUUAUCCAUGGAAAUUCGCUCUUGCUUGGCACAUUUAUUGGAUCCUGACCCAAAACAACGUUGGACUGUGGACCAAGCUUUGGAUUGUGAUUGGAUGAACAAUGUAGAAAUGUGUGAUGAUGGGGAACUUCCAAAUGGUUGGCGACAUUAUCAUUGUGCACACAAGAUACGCAAUUUUUAUUAG